AUGACUCGGGAAUGUAAACCUCGCCCACCGCUCCUGAUUCUUACCUAUCCUCGAACGGCGUCAAAUCUCCUCAUGCGAAUGUUGUCCUUCCCUGACCAAGAAGAUACCGUGUCAGUGGAGAGUGGCGGUUAUUUCUUUAUGCCGGUCAUCUGGAAAAUGAGAGAGUGGGAGCUCUUAGAUCGUCCCUCCACUGACUGGACCGAUGCGGACUGGUAUUGUCUGGAAGAGAUAUACACCUCUUGUGCGGAAAACCUUGAAGAUUUGCUCCACAAAGCUCAAAUUACGGGUAAAAUCGCCAUGUUCAAGGAGCAUACCCCAUUCAUGAUAUCCCCUGCUGUUCAGUCCGCCUUUGUUCAUGGGACGAAGCCCCCACUUGAUCCAUGGAGGGUGAAACUCGGCAGUAUCUCCACAGUGAUCGACGGCAAGGACUCCCAGCAUGUCUUGUACAACGGAACUGUGCUCCCUUCAGAAUUCCUUAGAAGUUGUGUCCCGUCAUUUCUCAUUCGCCACCCAGCGCUAGCAUUCCCUUCAUAUUACCGUGUCACCCAGAAGCUCCAUGGAGAUAAAGAAAAUAUGGAAGCCAUGGAAUCCGCCCUAAUGGAGGUCUGUACUCUUCGAUGGACAAGACACCUGUAUGACUGGUUUUUGGCCUUAAACAGCGAACCAGAUCAAACCCAGAAGCGGGAUCCCAUCAUCCUUGAUGCCGAUGAUAUCCUCACAAAUCCAAAAGUUCUUCUUCGCUUUUGUGAGCUCGUUGGACUAGACCCAUCCAAGGUUCAAUUCCAAUGGAAUCCUGCCGCAGGGGAUCAGCUGGAAAAGGUCAACCCGGUACGGCUGCACACUAGGUCAACUCUGUAUGCAUCCUCUGGAAUCGUGACAGGAAAAACCUUCCAAGGCCUGACCAUCGAUGGCGAGCUCUGCAAGUGGAAAAUUGAAUUUGGCGAGAGAGUUGCUACCAAGUUGCACCGCUGGAUUGUAGACGCAAUGCCAGACUACGAUUAUCUUGCUCAGAGACGGUUGAAGAUUGACGAGGAAACCGCCGCAUAG